CGUGGGCGAUGCUCCGGCACCCGCCGUGCUCGUCGCGGCGCCUCCUCCAGACCGUCGACGGCCGCAUCCCGGGCAUCCCCCCGGCCGACCCCCCGUCCGGCGUCAGCUCCGAUGUCGUCGUCAUCCUCGCCGCCCUGCUCUGCGCGCUCAUCUGCGUCGUCGGCCUCGUCGCCGUCGCCCGCUGCGCGCGCUCCCGCCGCAACUCCACCAACGCCGCCACCAACCACUCCACCACGUCCAGCAGCCCGGCCCACUCCGCGGCGGCCUUCGGCGGCGGCGGGCACACCCACGCCACUCCUACAACUACUACCACAGGCGCGUCGGGGGCCAGCGUGACGACCGCCAGCAAGGGGCUCAAGAAGAAGGCGCUCAAGGCGCUGCCGAAGCUGGCGUACGCGGACGCGGUGGCCGCGGCGGCGGCGGCGAGGGGCGCCGCGGCGGGGGACGCGCAGGACGACGAGGGCAUCCUCCCGGAGUGCGCCAUCUGCCUGUCGGAGUUCGGCGAGCGGGAGGAGGUGCGCGUCAUGCCGCAGUGCGGCCACGGCUUCCACGUCGCCUGCGUCGACACCUGGCUGCGCUCCAACUCCUCCUGCCCCUCCUGCCGCCGCCCCAUCGUCCUCGACGACCCCGCGCCGCCCAAGCGCUGCCGCAAGUGCGAGGACUUAAUCCUCGAGGCGGCCGUCGCCGCCUCCUCCUCCUCCUCCUCCUCGUCCGCCGCCGGCGGCCGCCGCGGCCGUGGGGGAUUCUUGCCGUAGCAGUAGUGGUGGUAGAAAAGCUGUCAUGUCCCCUGGCGGGUGGGUCCAGGUCGGCGUGGGUAGUUGAGCUGCUCCUUUCUACCGGUGGCCCACAUGUCAGUACUGCUGCAGUGAAGUUUUUCUUCUAAAGCAAUCGAAAGGAGAAUAAUUAGAGCUUUGCGAUUCUUUCCUGUA